ACGUUCUAGAAUCCUAAAAUUAGAUCUAAUUAUAUACGCGAAUGGAGUAAAGAAUAGUGAUGACAACAUGUCUGACUCACAUUCGUACUGGUCAGCGAUAUAUUACAACAGCUCCAACCGAGACAAGGCAAAUGACAUCAUCAGACGACUGGCAGAGGACGGCGUGUUCCUUGUUCGAGAUGGGACGCAAGGAAAUAAGGUGCUAGUCGUCUACGCCGACAAUAAGCCAAGAAAAUUCCGAAUUGAAAAUGUCCAAGGACAAUAUUGCUUGGAGAGUAAUCAUGAAGUCGUAUGCAGCACGGUGGAAGAAUUACUGCACUAUUACUAUACCACGUGUCUACCUCAUUAUAACGUGUACCUGACAACUCCUUUUCAACUUCACCCAAGGUUUAGUUCAGACAUGAUGUGGUAAUGCCGAACUGGAUUUGGUGUCAUAGGGUAAAUAUUUGUGACCAUUCCAAAGACUCGCCCGGAAAUGUACCGGAGUUCAGUCCCACGUUCGUGCAUGGUGACUGUGAUUGUCCCACAGUGAGGUAACAGGAUAUGGUUAUACAUAUCCAUUAUCCGGGCACUUUUAUGAAGUUUACCAGCCCUCGUCGUGGAAACGAAGAAAUAUUCAUUCCAUAUUUAGGAUUGUCCUUAGUUCUCAUUGGCCCUGAAUGUGUAUAUGGAUGAAGUUUAUGUGGACUCAGAUGAUUGUGGAUGAACUAGUGAAUUAUUGACUCAUCAACAAUAUCUCAGCUAUUCGUGACUAAGAUGAGUGAGCGCGUUGAGUUCAACGCCGCUUUGAACACUUAUGGUAUGGGGUGCUGGCGUCAUGUGGGAGAAAAGGCCACAGAUAAGCAGAUAAUUUUCUAUAUACGUCUUUGGUGAAACCUAGCACGGGGAGGAUUCUGACAGACGGAGGAUCAUACUUGUGGGGAAUCUGGCAUUCGAACCUCAUUUAGCACGCCACAGGGGGGAUGAAGAACCGAUGUUUUGUAGUUCCUCGUUUAGCACGCCACAGGGGGGAUGAAGAACCGAUGUUAUGUAGUUCCUCGUUAAGCACGCCACAGGGGGGAUGAAGAUCCGAUGUUAGGUAGUUCCUCGUUAAGCACGCCACAGGGGGGAUGAAGAUCCGAUGUUAGGUAGUUCCUCGUUUAGCACGCCACAGGGGGGAUGAAGAACCGAUGUUAUGUAGUUCGAUUGUGAAUUAUUGUGCUUUUGCAUGUGGUCUCAUUUAGCUAGCAAAACAAACCAUUUUUUUAAUCUA